UAUUACAGAAGCUUCUACAUCAGUUAUGCAAAGAACACUCUACCCAACAUGUACUGGUACCUCCGUCAUCGCUCUACAGUACGAUAGAGGAGUUGUGGUAAUGACUGAUCGUGUAGUGUCCUAUGGAAAAACAGCUCGAUACAAGAAUGUUUCACGUCAGUACAAAGUGAAUAACAGUAUCAUAGUCGCGUUUGGAGGUGAUCACGCUGACUUCCAGUGGCUACAGAAUGUCAUCGAACGACAGGUUCUUUCGUGGAAGAUGAUUGGCCAAGACCUUUCCCCCAAAGCUUUGCACGGAUAUUUGACAAGCCUUAUGUAUGCUCGGCGCACAAGGAUGAAUCCAUUAUGGAACACGCUUAUUGUAGCAGGUAUAGAGGAUGAAGAGAAAAACAACAAGGAGACAAGCGCUCCAUUCAUUGGUGUCAUCACUCAAAAGGGAGUUGCUUACCAAACGAAACACGUUGCUACCGGCAUCGCUGCUAUGCUGCUCAAUCAAGUCGUUGAGGAUGAAUGGAGAAAGAAGGGAGAUAAACUAAGCCGUGCUGAGGCAGAAGCCGUGCUUCGUAAAACGCUUGAACUUACUGUUUAUCAUGACUGUACCGCGGAUAAUGAUUUCGAAUUGGGAGUCGUUGAUGCAGAUGAAGGUGUCGUUCUGGGCAAACAGGAAACCAUCAUUGGUGACUGGAGUAUUGCAGAAACCAACUGUCAGUACGAGUGAAUUGUUGCGUUGGAUGAUCGACUUUUGAUCUAUUUAACAGUCUUGUAAACGUACAGUUUGUUGUAAGUAAG